UCGUUUCUCCGCGGCCCGUUGCCUAGACAACCUACUGCAGCUAGAUGGAGACGGUUCCUCAACGCUCAGUGGGGCCAGAUCCGGGAACAUUGAGCCCGGAGCAAUUGGAGCAGUUGCGAGAUUUCAAGAUUCAGACUCGCAUCGCAAAUGAAAAGUACUUGAGGACCCACAAGGAAGUAUCGCUGCUCAUUAGCGGCUUCUUCAGAGAAAUGUUUCUGAAAAGACCAGACAACAUCCUUGAAUUUGCUGCGUACUAUUUCACAGAUCCAAGACUUCCCAACAAGAUUCACAUGCAGCUAAUUAAAGACAAGAAAGGAGCCUAAUUAGCAAAGCCACAAUGCUCAGCUGCUGGGAGAAGCCAGAAGGAAUCCAGCCUCGGGGUCAUCUGGAGGCCUGACAGCCCUGUUGCCAUCAGUCUGGGUCUCCAAGCUGUGUGGGCCUCUUCCUCUCACAGAGGUUUUCAGAGAUGCUCAUUAAAUGCAGACCCGCC